UGCAACAGUACUAAUCCUACGUAGCAAGGCCAAGGGUUCUUGACUUCUACUUCUACUUGUACUAUGUAGUUCCUUGAAAUUGUUCAAUGUUUCCUCGUUGAAUGCAGGUGGAAGGUGUUGUGGUACGCGAUAUUAUUGCAAGUUCGAGUAUCAAUUUGUUGCACUAAGUCUUGCGCCGGUAGUUGUCGUUGUAGUGCACCGCGCUGCUUUGCUGGCGAAAAAGCCUACGGUCGGUAGAUCUACGGUGAUUCAUUGCAGUAGUGCCAGAUCAGACAGACGUUAUCACACAAAUCUAUCAGUAUCAGUAGAGUACCAGUGCAGGCGGACAAGAUCGAGGAGGCACAGAAUAGAACGCCCUUUACAGUUUACUUCUUGUUGUAGCACAGGCCAGGCUCAGUCCUGGCGCACUCGGCACGAGAACUGAAUCUUAUUCUUAUCUCUGUACAAAAUUAAUGUAGUGAUACUAGUAGUGUAGACCAAUGCAGUAGCGAGCCAGCACAAGCCUUGUAGUACAUACAUGUACAUUGAUUGUGCAUUGUUAUUUUCUGUGGCGCAGCUGUGUUGUUUUGAUCGAGCCCGAGAGUGGCAGCGUGUUUCCAAGUCGUAGCGGAUGCACUUGAUCGGCACUGCCGGUCAUUACAAGUGCCUGAAGACGUAGAAUGCAGCGCGGCCAGUAUGACGGCCGCUACGACCUAGAGUUCGAUGGCCUGGCUGAUGAGGAGGGCCAGUCAAUCCACAACUUCUUGGACUCGUUAGAUUUGUUGAAGUAUUUUCACCUGUUCUCCGGUUAUGAUAGCGUCAAUGCCCUUUGCGUGCUGAGCGAAGCUGAUUUUGUCCGGAUCGGCGUGGUCAAUGCCAGGGAUCGCCGCAGCAUGCUGGCGAAGCUGGAGCGCGACUUCGGAGCUCCCAGUGCCGAGCAGAAAGCCACGCUUACUCGUGCACCGAGUGGAACAUCACUGCAACUCGCCCCUCCACUGCUGCCAAAGAAAAAGAAAGGCUUGCUGAAGGGUCGAUUCCCAUUGAAAGCCACCGAGCGACACAAGACCCCGUCCCCCACCGAACAAGCACAGUCACGUUCAAGACCCAGUGUAUCAUCUGUGUCGUCUACUGUGUCCGAUGUCCUGCAGGAUAGACAUGCACUGUUGCAACACCAGCCCUGGUUCCACGGACGAAUCAACAGGAAGCUGGCGGAGGCGGCCGUGUGCAACGAUGGCGACAUCCUGGUGCGCGAAAGCAUCAGCAAGCCGGGGCAGUAUGUCCUCACGGCCCAUUGGAAAGGAAAGGCCGUGCACUUCGUCGCCACAGAACUAUCUCCGCUGGAGGCGCAGAAAUACGUGCCUAGGCCUCAGUCGCGACGGCGCAAGGACAGCCGAAAGGACGCGGCCGAACCGACGUGUCUGGCCGAGGAGAGUUCCGUCUGGUAUCGGUUUGGAGGCGAGGCGUACCCAUCCAUGGUGGAGCUGGUGACCUAUCAUCUCACCUCCAAGCAGCCCAUUUCGGACGCAAGCGGCCCGGUUGCAGCGUACGCAGUUCCACGGCACGUGACGCGUUCCGCGGACGAUCGCCUGUCGCUCACCAGCAGCUCGUCUGUGAGCCGACGGAACAGCCUACGCCUGGAAGACAUGGACAGCGUCAUGGUCAUGGACAGGAAGGGCGGCCGCCAAGGCCUCGGAGGCAGCGUGGAUCGCUUGGACAGGGCCAGUCCGGGUGUGGAAAGCAUUGGCGCACUGUCCCUACCGGCCACCUCCAUAACAGCUGCAAACACGUCGCCGCAGUCUAAACCAAAGGUGAACUUCGGCGUGAAGAUUCGCGGCAAGUCACCCCUGAACGCACGGCGGCGUCCACCGAGUGCGGUCUCCGAGAGCGGUCUUGCAGGCGCUCUCAACCCGUCGCUGAAGGAUCGCCUGUCCGGUUCGCUGGGCUCCUUGAACAAAGCGAGCAGCACGGAAUCGCUGGUGCAUAACCCGGACUUGCCGCAUCCGGAUGCGGUGAAGGUAUCCGUGCAGAUGGUCCUGCAGCACUCGCCGAGUGACCUAGCGCGGCACAUAGCACGCGUCAACCUGCAGAAGUCGCACAUCCUGCUGCCCAAGGAGCUGACCGACGAUCAUCUCGCUCACAUGCCGUUUGCCAAGAACAGUGUGGCGUGCUCGCCUAGCGUAAUGGAGAAGUGUGCCCAGCAGCAGAACGAUUGGAAGCAGGGACAGGCGAGCGGCCUCGCGAAUCUCAUCCUGGGACAAGGCGAGCCGGUGGCACGCGACCUCCUUCGCAGGUUCACUGCCCUGUCGCAGUUUGCAGCUAUUAUGGUGAUGGGUGCGGGGGACAUGAUGACGCGCUGCACUGUGCUGCGCAAGCUGGUAGAGGUGGCACAGUGCCUGCAGAGCGAUGCCGUGGCCGACCUGUUUGGCUUCACGGCCGUCAUGCGCGGCCUGCGCAGUCCGCGUGUGCGCCGCCUGGAGGCCACCUGGGCCGAGUUUCGCUCCGGCGACAGUAAGCUUGCCCUGCUGUUCGACUCGCAGCUAUGCGGCAUUGACCGGCAGCUGCGACACGGUACCAGCACGCAUCGCCACACACAGGCCAGCGUACCCAAUCUAGAGCCCGUCUUGCGCCUGUUGACGGAUCCCAUGAAGAUACUCACCGCGGAGGACAGCAGCCCGCCGGGACAUGCGUUCUUUGAGGACGACGAGGACGACGAAAGCGGCGUUCGUAGUCUGGAUGCCGUCUUCUCGCACAUGAAACAGGCGCGCGAGCUGACCGUGCAGGCGUCCGCUUGCACGUUUGUCGCCUCGUCACGCGUGACUCUCGCCCCGUGUGAUACAACCAUGGACGCGUUCUGCUGGUGCGAUCUUCCGAUCAUGCUGCUUGCCUCGCGGCCCGGCAUGCCCGUUCCGGAGAAUGCGGACGUCGACCUGAUGAUCAGCGACAUGUUAGAUGCAAUGUCGGAGGCGGCCGAACCCAGUCAGGUCAUUGGGCGCAACACGUCCAUUUGACAAGUGUUCCGACUCCAAGUAGCUGGUGGUCAACGUCUGGUAUGUGUGUGUGUGUGUAUGUGUGUGUGUGCGUGGGUGUGUGCGUGGGUGUGUGCGUAUGUGUGCGACAAAGCACUCGAACAUUGAUCUCACUGUGGACACACGUUAUGUUGCUGAUAGGAUUUCACUGUCAUAUUUGAGUUUAGAGCCGUUAAAGACCCGGGCAUUACAUCCCCGUACAUGUUAUCACCAUAUUUACAGGCUGGCGUUGAUCCGCUAUUUCCACUGUUUCCACUCCCGGUUUCUAAUGACUGCACCAGGCUGCAACUUACGACACGAAUGGUGCGUGAUGCUUCCUCAGGUCGGUCAUAUCUCAGUAUGGUGCAGUACCUUGAUGCAACAACCCAAUGCUAUUAUUAUGAGUCUGUCGCUUCCUAGACGUCAGCUUGUCAAGUCUUGUUGCUGUUAUUUAUCGCUGCUAUUUUUAUAUCUAAACAAAAAUUUACCAUUUUUUAGACACUUGAAAUGUCGCGGAUCGAGGUUUUUGACUCUGAUUUAGCUCCAUUAGGCUCAUUUUGGUUCCACUUUAUUUCUUGAACGAUGUGUUUGAAUUCUUGGGUCGUGUUCAAUUCGCAACGCAAUGGAAUUGGGAAUGAUCAUUUGAAGUCAUUGCUACUCGUAUACUCUGUAUUUUGUCCUAUCAUCGAAUACUCUGUCUUUGUAUUUCCGAUUCUGGCGGGGACUUAUUGUAAGAAUUGUAUUGUUUGUCGGUGUUUUCUUUCCUCGCCGAAUACUUCCUGGAUGAAGGCUGAAUGCUGGUUUACGCUGGAGUUUGUUCCUGUAUGCGAGCACCCUCAUCAGUUUGUCCAGUGGUGCCCGCCUUCAGUGUU